AUGUCUCGCCGUUCCUGGACGGGUGGGCUGCUCUGCCCGCCUGGUGCCGAAAAGCUGCAAAGGCAACCCACCGAGAGGCGCGAUGGCUCUGGACCGAUCCACAGUCCACAGGCUCAUCGUCCAUGGUUGCCCCAUCGGAAGGUGCCAAAGUCUAGGAUUUAUAUGGUCGUCGACGACUGUCCUAGAUACAGACGCCUCGUUCCAGUCAAACUCUGA